GUGAGUUUUGAGUUUUGACAUCAGCAUAAGUAAGGACGAGACACGACUUCGACGUCGACGAACUAUUUCGGCUUAGCCCAAUUUGCAAAGUGAUUUCGAUUCACAUGAUAAAAAUUGCUAAUUACUCUGAAAUUAAAUAUUAUUUACCAGUGAUCAUUACUUAGAAGUUCCUUCUGCUACGAUGGGUAAAGCUAAAAAGGGCAAGAAGAGUCAGACAGCCGAGGAUGGUGAUAGUGACAUAGAAACCACUACGAUUGAGAACACAAAACCAGCACAAACCAAGGGCAAAAAAGUUUCUGCUAUCACAGUCAUAGCAUCAGAUGAAAGUGAAGAAGAGAAACCCAAAUUAAAGACUAAACAAAAGAAGUCAGUUGACCCUGAUGUAAAGGAAGUCACAAAAAAUAUUAAAAAUAUAUCAAUAUCGAAUAAGUCUCAAAAGAAAAAAGUUGAUGCCAGUAGUGAUGAUGAAUCUGAAGAUGAUGUCAAGCCGAAAAAAAAUAAAAUAAAAGAGGAAAAGACUGCUUUCUCUUUAUUAGAAAUUGAAGAUUCUGGAGAAUCUGCACCUGAGGUACAACCUUCCUCAGACGAUGAAAUACCUCCACAAAAAUCUACCAAAAAACCUGCACAAGAUAAAAAGGAACCAGUUGGAAAGAAAGGCAAAAAAGCUAGAAGGAAAAAGGAUGAUAGCGAUGAAGAUUUAGAAAAAGUUCUGGCGGAACUUGAAAUGGAAUAUGCUGGAGUCAAAAAAGAAUCUGUUGCUGAGCCAGAACCUACAAAGCCUCAAGACCAACCAGAAGAGAAACCAAAAGCAAAGAAAAAAACAAAGAAAGAGGUAGAACCUGAAGUAGAAAACAAUGUCCAAGAAAAGGGAAGUGACAAUGAAAACGAUAUAACUAUUAAAACAGCAGCUCAAAAGAAAAAAGAGAAAAAAGAAAGAGAGAAACUUAAAAAACAGGAAGCCAAAAAGAAGGAACAACCACAAGAUGGGAAAAAGGAAGUAACUGAAUUAAAGCCACUAAGUAAACCUGAAAAUGUUGAGAUGAAAGAUCAAAAUGAAAAGGAUGCCAAGGCUCCAUCUGAAGAAAAGGAUGCUGAAGGUGAUGUUCCUGUUGAAGGAAAGAAGAAGAAAAAAGGUGACAAAGGGGACAAAGACGACAAAGGUAAAAAAGGUCCUACCAAAAAAACUAUUGCUGCCAUGCAGGAAGCUUUGAAAAAGGUUAAAGAGGAGGAAGAAAGAUUAGAACGCGAAGAGGAAGAAAGAAUAAGACAAGAGGAGGAGAGAGAGAAACAGAGACUGGAAGCUAUUAGAUUAGAAAAAGAAAAAAAAGAAAGGAAAAAGCAAAAAGAAAAGGAGAGAAAGGAAAGACUCAAAGCCGAAGGUAAAUUAUUAACACCUAAGCAAAAAGCUGAAAAGGCAAGAGCACAAGCAAUGUUAGAAUCUUUAAAAGCUCAAGGAAUAGAAAUUGGCACUGAGAAAAAACCACUAAGACCUGGCACUAGGGUAAAGCCAAAUAAAUUAAAAACUCAAAUGUCACAGGAAGCAGCAUCAACUCCUAUAGAAGAAAAGAAAGUGGAAAUUGAAAUUACUGAUAAAAAGGAACCCAUCAAGCCCGAGGAGAAAAAGGAGUCUGACACUGAGUCUGUCAAAGAUGCUUGGGAUGCCGAGUCUUCUGAAGAUGAGGAGUCUACAAAGCCUGAACCAGCACCUGUUGCUGACAACAAAAAGCCACCACCUGAGGAAAAACCUAAAGAGCAGGAAGAGGAUAGUUCUGAAGAGGAAGGCAGUUCGGAUGAUGACUCCAGCUCUGAAGAGGAGUCUGAAGAUGAACAAAUGACAGAUGCCGAGAAAAAGAGAGAGAUUGUUUUGAAGAGAUUAGAGAAACGUCGGGAAGAUAAUGAAAAGAACAAAGCUAACAAUCCUCUCCGCGCUUCCGUUGUUUGCGUCCUCGGACACGUAGAUACGGGAAAAACUAAAAUUCUGGAUAAGUUACGGCGAACCAACGUGCAAGACGGCGAAGCUGGUGGAAUUACGCAGCAGAUUGGUGCUACUAAUGUGCCCAUCGAGAAUAUUAAAGAACAGACCAAGCAUGUUAAAGGGGUGAAUGAAAUAGCAUUCAAGUUGCCAGGUCUCCUCAUUAUUGACACACCUGGUCACGAAUCCUUCAGUAAUUUAAGAAACAGAGGCUCCUCACUCUGCGAUAUCGCCAUUCUGGUAGUAGACAUUAUGCACGGCUUGGAACCACAGACAAUAGAAUCGAUAAAUCUUCUGAAACAAAAGAAGACGCCAUUUAUAGUCGCCUUGAAUAAGAUAGAUAGAUUGUACGAUUGGCAGAGUGCUCAACGUAAAGAUAUUCGUGAUAUUCUGAAGAUGCAGCAACCGAACACCCAACUAGAGUUUGAGAAGCGUUCGAAAGAUGUUAUUCUGCAGUUCGCUGAACAGGGUCUAAACGCAGCAUUAUUCUACGAGAACCCAGACCCUCGUACUUAUGUCUCCUUGGUGCCCACAUCAGCUGUGACUGGUGAAGGGAUGGGUAACCUUCUGGCGAUGAUAGUUCAGGCCUGCGAGGGACCUUUACAUAAGAGGCUGGUCUUCUCUCAGCAGUUGCUUGCUAUUGUCUUAGAGGUAAAAGCUAUCCCCGGAUUGGGUACAACGAUAGAUACAAUUCUAAUCAAUGGAACUCUACGUGAAGGAGAUACGGCGAUUUUGGCCGGAACAGAAGGACCCAUAGUCACGCAAAUAAGGUCGCUGUUGAUGCCUCAGCCUAUGAAGGAGUUGCGUGUGAAGAAUGCUUACAUUGAGCACAAAGAAGUAACGGGCGCUCAAGGAGUGAAGAUAGCAGCGAAGGAAUUGGAAAAAGCAAUUGCUGGUUUGAAUCUACUCGUUGCUCAGAAACCAGAUGAAGUAGAGGUGUUAAAGGAAGAAGUGGCGAAGGAGUUGAAGACAGCUCUAUCGUCCAUUAAACUGUCAGAGCGCGGUGUGUACGUGCAAGCGUCUACUCUGGGAUCCCUUGAAGCGUUGCUCGAGUUUCUUAGAACCAGCAAGAUUCCCUACUCAGCUAUUAGGAUAGGUCCGGUGGUGAAGCGAGACGUAAUGAAGGCGUCGGCCAUGUUGGAACACGACUCACAGUUUGCUACCAUAUUGGCUUUUGAUGUUAAGAUCGAAAGAGAUGCGCAAGAGUUGGCAGAUCAGCUCGGCGUGAAGAUAUUCGCUGCUGAUAUUAUAUACCAUUUGUUUGACAAAUUCACCGCCUAUAGAGAAGAACUUAAGCAGAGGAAACGGGAGGAAUUUAAGCAUAUAGCCGUCUUCCCGUGCAAACUAAAGGUAUUACCACAAUUCGUGUUCAAUUCCCGUGACCCGAUCGUUGCUGGAAUAAUGGUGGAAGCUGGAAUUUUGAAGGAGGGAACACCGAUUUGCGUACCCAGUAAAGAGUUCGUGGAACUUGGAUUUGUGACAUCUAUCGAAGUGAAUCAUAAACAAGUGGAAACGGCGCGAAAAGGCCAAGAAGUUUGCAUCAAGAUAGAGCCGAUCCCCGGGGAAUCCCCUAAGAUGUUCGGCAGACAUUUUGACGAAACUGACAUGCUUGUGAGCAAGAUAUCCCGAGCCAGUAUUGACGCAUGUAAAGACUAUUUCCGUGAUGACCUUAUCAAAACUGAUUGGCAGCUGAUGGUAGAAUUGAAAAAACUGUUCUCAAUCCUAUAAAUCCUUGAUGAGUUGAAGAAUCCAUAAGUUCGCAAAUAUGCCGGCUUAGUAUGCAUAACAAAGAAUUUAUUAUAAUAUUAACCACGUAGAGUGAUUACGAAAUGAAAAAACUGAAACUAGUAGUCGAAAUAGUAGUGAUUCAUGUUGUGUUACAUAAGAUUCAGCAUACCCAUGUCAUGUAUGUCAAGAGUGUCCAUGGGCGGGGGUAUCACUUAACAUCAGGUGAGCCUUCUGCCCGUUUGCUCCUGUUCUAUAAAAAAAAACACCAUGUCAGUCAAAGAUGUUCAGAAUUUUAUUAGGCGUUCAGUUGUCGCUUACUUCAUCUUUAUAAUGUUUAAUUCCGUUAGAGUGAUAUAAUUUGAAUAAUUAAAAGUUGCACUCGACGAUUUCCAUACACACUGACACAGACAAUUCAAACUUAUACCCUUAACUAAUCGUUGUUUAAGAAGAAACUUACUGUUUAUUUCGUAAUUAUUCUACUGUAAAGUUUUAGUAUAAUUCAAAACAUGUGUAAUGCCGGUAGAUUGCAACUGAUGAUUCGUCUUUCUUAGCUCUCAUAAAAGCAAUGUUAUUGGUGCGAAAAUUGUAAUAAAUCACUAGUAGGCCUUGUCUGUUCCAUCUAAGCCCCUAAAAUAGAAUCUCAUAGUAAACCAGUUUUUCAACUUCCUACCCACUGUUUUAACUGCCGAAUAUAGGCCUAAUGAGUAAUCUAUUAUUUGGCUAUUACUUAUAUCUGGGCGGAACAGAUAAUAUUUUUAAAAUUGUCUGUUCUAGUCUAGUUAGGCCGUGAAGAUCAUUGUAAAUACUCCGUUAGUAUUUAUUGUGGCGUAACCUUGUGUAUCUUAAAUGUACGAAGACCCACGGCAACACCAUGUAUAUAAUUUUAUAAUUUGUAAAUAAAGAUAUACAGAAAUCUAAUGCUUUUAUAACUUCCUACACUAUCGGUUGUAUUACGAGUUUAUACUUUGUUACCGAAUAGAUAGGAAAUGGUCCUUCGAAGCCAGAAUAAUGAAAUCAUUCUAAAAAUAAUAUUGGAAAGUUGAAUAUUGUCCAUUUUAAUGAAUGAAAUUACAAUUUGGUAGAUUAUUUUUCCUUGAUUUCUUUUUUAUGUAAAUAAACUUUAAAUGUAUGGUCAAAAAAUUUCUCAGGCCGAUGGAGAUACAAAAGGUUAUGGUUUAUCUUUCACAAUUUUAAAUGCUUUGUAUUAUAUAGAUGGAAUCGGACAUAUUCUUAUAUUGAUGAAAUUUUAUUAAAUUAUGAAACUUA